CAUCUUGGAGUUGGAUUUGAUUGGACCCCAUGGGUGUCCAGAAACAGAAGGGAACUUCAGUAAUUAAACAGCGUGAUCAAGAAAAAAACAGAGAUCCUCCUAUAUUUCUUUCUUCGUAGCAGUACAAAGCAAAAUAGAAUCUCAUUCAAGCUUCGAAAACCCUAACUUUCGAAGCUAAAACAUUUCUAUCCCUCAUAAAAUUCUUGUUUAUUUAUUUACUUUAUUCACAUAAAGAUUCUUCUACUUGUCAUAUAUCUAAAAAUCUUCGAAUCUCUUUUUUUGCUUUUUAAGCAAAGAUUUACAUGGCAACUGCAGUAUCUGUAACUUCAAGCUCUUCACAGCAUCGUUUUGGACAAGCUUCUUUCUCAAUUCCAAAAGCCAAUAUCUCCAUAACUACACCGAUCAUUAGCUUUCGUAGAAAGGGAUUUGUUUCGAGUAAAAAACAGAGGUUCAAGACAUGCUCAGUGAUGAAGAAGAAAACAGAGGAUGCUGUUGUUGAAGUUAUUAUCGACGAAGAUGAUAAAGCACAAACCUUUGAUGAUGACAUCAAGAAAAAUCGACCGUUGAUUUCACGUGUAGAAGAGAAACUUGCAAGAAAGAAAUCGGAGAGGUAUACGUAUCUUGUAGCUGCUAUCUUGUCAAGUAUUGGCAUCACUUCAAUGGCUGCCAUGGCUGUUUAUUAUAGAUUUUCAUGGCAAAUGGAGGGUGGAGAAAUUCCUGGCUUGGAAAUGUUUGGUACUUUCGCACUUUCUGUGGGGGCUGCAGUGGGUAUGGAGUUUUGGGCAAGGUGGGCCCACAGAGCGUUAUGGCAUGCUUCGUUAUGGCAUAUGCACGAGUCUCACCAUAGAGCAAGGGACGGUCCAUUUGAGGUGAAUGAUGUAUUUGCAAUAAUAAAUGCAGUUCCAGCAAUCGCUUUGCUGUCUUGUGGUUUUUUCAACAAAGGUCUAAUUCCUGGACUCUGUUUCGGUGCUGGGCUUGGAAUUACAAUAUUUGGGAUGGCUUACAUGUUUGUACACGAUGGCCUCGUCCACUGUCGAUUCCCGGUGGGGCCUAUUGCCAACGUCCCCUUCUUGCGAAGAGUUGCUGCUGCUCAUCAGCUCCAUCACUCCGAUAAAUUUGAUGGGGUUCCUUAUGGAUUAUUUUUGGGACCCAAGGAAUUAGAAAGGAAAGAAGGUGGUAUUGAAGAGUUGCAUAGAGAGAUAAAAAGAAGGAUAAAGCAAAAUAGAGGGAAUUAAUAUAUUUUUCGAUUCUUUUGUAAUCGUAUUUAAUUAUUUCUUUAAAAAUAAAGAAAACUUUGUGAAAGUAUUUAUCGUA